GAUUUCAGAAUUGAGAGAAAAAUGAGAAAAUGCUUUUUGAUCUUCUGCAGGUUCAUGAUAAUGUGUGUUGAUCAGUGAUCAUCAGGAGCUCAAAAUGAAGGAGAAUUUGUCUCGAGUUUCGCGUAAAAAUGGGACCCAAGAAUCAGUUUCCAGCGCCGGCCGUGCGGGAGAAAUCAUCACAAGGAAAAAGAACAGGUACGCCGUGGGGGCUGAUUGCGACGGAGGAGGAGGAGAUUCGAUCGAGUGUUCGGGCAAAUACUGCCGCUCAUGCAGCGCUGGGUUGAUAGCCGACUGUGUGGCACUCUGUUGCUGCCCCUGUGCGUUAAUCAACCUCCUCACCCUGGCAUUUGUCAAAGUUCCAUGGAAAAUGGGGAGGAGGUGUUUGGGGCUGGGGAAAAAGAAGAGGAAAAAGCUGGAAACGAAGGGAAAAUGCAGGAAAAGUGAGGAAUUUCCCAUGGGGGAUAGAAAUGGAAAUUCAAGAAGGGGAGGGGUAGAGGAAGGAAUUUUGGAAAUGUUGUCGGGGUUGGAUGGGGAAGAAGAAAUGUACAAGGCGGAGAAGGUUUGGUUAGAUCUCUACGAGGUUGGCAAGUUGGGUUUUGGGAGGGUAUCGUCAAGCGUUGAAUUUGAAUCUUAGAUUAAUUAAGGGGUAAAUUAGGAAAAAAAUUAUUAGUUUUAAUGCUGUAAAUUCUCAAUUUUCUUUCCACUUUUGGGAAGUUAAUUAACCGUCAAAAAUCAAGUUUUUCAUUUUAG